AAGCACUGCACAGGCAGGCCCAUGGCGGACGAAAAAGGAAAGAAGCCCCCACCGCUCCAAAAAUAAGCCAAACUCCACGCGAACGCGAACGCCGCCGGAACGCGGCCUCCUCCCAGCCGCUCCUCUCGUCUUCCUCGCCACCGCUUCCCCCCUUCACCUCUCCAUACUUCGCGCUCCGUCCCUCCUCCGGCUUUGACCCCCCCCCCCCCCCCCUCCACCCCUCUUAUCUCUCCCUCCCCUCCCGUCCGCCCACCACACGCAGCAUCCGAGGAGAGAGAGAGAGAGAGAGAGAGAGAGAGAGAGAGAGAGAGAGAGAGAGAGAGAGAGAGAGAGAGAGAGAGAGGCACCGACACCGACCCGACCGAUGUCAAUGUGGCGCGUAUCCCGCUCCCUCCUCCGCGCCGCCUCGUCCUCGGCCUCCGCCUCGGCGGCCGGGCGCGGGGCCUCCGGCGCGCGCCGCCUGUGGCCGCCGCCGCCGCCGUGCGCGCUCCAGCGCUGCAGCCCCAGCCGCGGCUACGCGUCGCUCCCGGGUGCGGAGGCGGCGAGGGGGGACGGGGAGGAGGAGGUGACGCCGGCGGAGGCGCGGCGGCUGAUGCGGCUGGCCAACGUCGACGCGCUCAAGCGGCAACUCGGGGACGGGGAGGUGAUCCCGUACGCGGACCUGCUGCGCGUGUGCCAGGAGGCCGGCGCGGCCAGGACGCGCGCCGAGGCCGCCGCGCUCGCGGGCGCGCUCGACGAGGCCGGCGUCGUGCUGCUCUUCCGCGACAGGGUCUACCUCCAGCCCGAUAAGAUUGUGGAUCUUGUAAGGAAAGCUAUGCCCCUUGCACUGACACCUGAAAACGAUCCGGGGAAGGAAGAGCUCAAGCAGCUCCAAGCUCAGCUGGAAGAUAUCAACAAGCUGGCGCACAAGCAAGUCCGACGCAUCCUCUGGUCUGGCCUGGGUUUCCUGAUCACCCAGGUCGGCCUCUUCUUCAGGCUCACGUUCUGGGAGUUCUCUUGGGAUGUCAUGGAGCCCAUCACGUUCUUCACGACCACGACGGGACUGGUUGUGGGGUAUGCGUACUUCCUCAUCACAUCAAGGGAUCCAACCUACCGUGACUUCAUGGAAAGGAUGUUUGAGUCUCGGCAGAGGAAGCUGAUCCAGAGGCAGAACUUCAACCUGGAGAAGUACCUGGAGCUCCAGAGGCGCUGCAAGGAUCCCCUGGAGAAGGCGUGCGGCGCGUCUAACCCUGACAUGGCUCAUCUCCAUGAGCUAUCCAUCCACAAAUGACAAAAUAUUCACCAUUGCUUCAGUACUUCUUUCAUUCUCUGGGAGCGAUCGCUACUAGCAAAAGUAACCGGUGUUUCUUGCACUUGUGAGACAGACCCACUUCCUCUGCCUGGGACCUUUUCGUCGGUCUUCUCCUAUGCAAAUGUGUAGGUCAGUAUAAUCCUUUUUUAGCGAUGCUGAAGCACAAGCACCUGAUAGUUGAAAGGCAAGCUCAUCUGUAUGACCAGAAGCUCACCCACUACCGAGAGCUGCAUAAUUUGCAGUCUCUGCUAAUACACUGUUUCACCGUUACUUGUUUUUAGCUUUAUAUAUCUUAUAUGGAAGCUCUUACAUUUGGUGGCAAA